GGCCGUGUGGCCGUGAUAAACGGGCACAGGGCGAAGUGAGUCUGGUUUCAUGGCUUGAGGAUGGAGGGUUUCCUGUCUACGUUUCCGCCCUUCGGCUUCUGCGGAGUCCCGGGUCCAAGCAGUGGAUGGGGCAAAAGAGAAGGCCGCCUUAUUACACCACAUGGCCUGAACUAUCUGGAGCUCUGCAAGGCUCUCCUGUCCCAAGCCAGUCCCACCGUUCACCCACAGCACAAAAAAGCCAACACCAAAGAUUGCGGCGUACAAGUGAACGCUAAAGUGCACAAACUCAUCCAGUGUUCGCUUGGUCCCAAGACACUGUUCUCUAGGGACACAGAGGGCCCACUGUCCCCCAAAUCCACCAAGAGUCCGGAUGUAUUCCUUGCUGACGGGACCCCCCCAGUCAGUCACCUGCGCUUCCUACGGCCCGUGUCCAUCUACUCCCCGGUGUUUGACCGGCGGCUCUUGCUCAAAAAGCUCAGUGUAGGAGACGACAGUGAGCUGGACACGGCUGAGCUGGAGGACAGCGUAGUGACCGAGGAACACAGCGAGGACGAACCUGUCAAGGUCCCGGACACGAGCCUUCACCUGGCCUCAAAAGGCUCCAGCUUGCAGUUUCUGGAGCAGAGAUAUGGCUUUUUCCACUGUAAAAAGUGCAACGUCCGGUGGGAGAGUGCUUAUGUGUGGUGCAUCUCUGGAACCAGUAAGGUGUAUUUCAAGCAGCUCUGUCGGAAGUGCCAGGUGGGGUUCAACCCCUACAGAGUGGAGUCUAUCCUCUGCAAGGGCUGUGCUCAAACGUCCUGUGUGUGUGAGAGAAAGCAGAGGCACAUCAACAUGAAGAGACCCCAUCGCCAGGACUUGUGCUGUCGAUGUAAAGGCAUGAAGCUCUCCUGCGAGGCCACCUACAGCUUCAAAUAUAUCGUCUAAACUGAGAUCAAAUGAUGCUCUGCCUCUGAACACUGAAAGGCACUUUAAAUCUGGCUGAGGACACGACAGUCCUGUCAGCACUCGAAGCAUAUGGAAGUUGCCUCCACUAAUGGAUUGAAGGGAUUCACUUAUUCCCCAACCAGCGAGUACCUGAAUCUGCUUGUUUUUUUACUUGAUGCAACUUCGUUGUGCACCUUUCCCCCCAAUCUUGUUAAAUGUCAAAGUAUUUUUGUAUUUAAAAAAAAUAAACUCUGCAUCCCAAAUAUUGUUGCCACUUUUCAGAUUUUUGUGUAGUUGAAUAAAUAAACUGAGAUAAUUCACCGUGA